UCGCGUUCAGAAGGAGGCUUUGAAACAAACCCGGAGGAGGAUUUCCUGAUCGGGGAUUUGGAGUCAUAUACCUCAGUGACACCGUGGAGGGAAGAUCACACGUGUGGUCGUGGGAAGAGACGGAGGACCGCCGGUCGAAGGACAUUCCCGCGGCCGGGGAAGAAGGCGAGGAGGAGUUGGAGUCGGAAGCGGAGGAACAGGAGUCGUAGUGCGCUUCGCAAACUCGAGCGCGGAGGUUGGGGCCCAGAGGACAUUACGAUUGCUUCUGGACCGCUGUGGGGCGCCAGGACUGGAGGAGGACCCCCUUCGCUGCGUGUCCAUCAGCCUGCAGGGGGCGACGGGGAGCAGGGGUGCGAGAGGCAUGAGCGAGUUCUGGCACAAGAUGAGCUGCUGCGUGGUGGCAAAGCCCCCACCGAAGAAGAAGAAGCGGAGGAAGAUCGACCGCAGCAUGAUCGGGGAGCCCAUGAACUUCCAACACCUGACGCACAUCGGCUCCGGGGAGAUGACCGAGGGGCUGCCACCGUCGGGCUCCAUCCAGGAGCAGAUGAGGUCAAAGGGUCAAAGUGCCAAUGGCUGCGGCAGCUUCUUAUAGCAGGAAUACGGACCAAUCGGAGAGUCUCCCUCUGACUCUGCCCACCAAGCGUAACAAAAAAAAAA